AUGGCAUAUCGCGAAGACGAAGCGAUCAAACGGGAGGUUAUGAAAGAAGAUCAUCGGCUCUCUGGCCCGAUGAGAGCGGGCUGGGAGAGCGGGGACUUCUGGGUUGUGUAUGCCGAGAGGAAUAACUUCGCCUUAGAUUCGAUUUACUGGCAAAAGAUCGAUCAACAGUUCUUCGCAACGAUGACUUGUCCCAUUGAGGAUGUUUCUGAGGAGAGAAUCAACCUUCUGGAACUCAAAAGGAAGAACGAGAUGGAGAAAUACGUGGAUCUGAAAGUUGAACAGAUAAAGACCAGUGUUCUAGCUUGGGACCCAGACGAUCACACCAUAGAAUUACAAACUCUAUAUGAAACUCAAGUUGAUUAG